AUGAACCUGGGCAUUCUCAAGACCCUGACUGAGAAGAAGACGACAAGAGAUGGCCAACCUGCCAAGCGGCGAGGGCCAAAGCCGGAUAGCAAACCAGCUCUGACCCGCCGCCAGGAGUUGAAUAGGCAGGCGCAAAGAACGCAUCGCGAGCGUAAAGAGCUGUACAUCAAGGCUCUUGAAGAUGAAGUGCUACGCUUAAAAGAGGUGUACAGCAAUGUCUCGGGGGACAAAGACAAGCUGGCCGAAGAGAACAAGCAUCUCAAAAGCCUGCUGCACCAGAAUGGGAUAUCUCCCGCGUCUGCGGGUCCCAUGGAAGAUGUAUUGAGCAACCCGAGUCUCGGGUAUACCUCAAGCAGUAGCGUCGCAGGCAGCUUUGCCCCUGGCUCACAAGUCGCAUACACACCUCCCCUGAUCUCACAAUCGACCGCGCCGACCAUGUCGGCGUCGUCUCAAACGAUGGGUGGGCAACAACAUCAACAUAUGCGGAACGCAAGCCAACAGCAAUCUAGUCGCGUGGACUACGAUCAAGCAGGAAUAGAUUUCGUUCUAACAAGACCGCUGCCAGUGCACACUAAUCGCAACAUUCCGGCGAUAUAUAGUCUCGAGAAACCCUGCAUGGACCAUAUGCCUUGGCUACUCAAAAGAUCGGCCAACGAGCAGGGCGGCGAGCCUUGUGGACAUGCACUAAUGGCCUCGUGCCCGCCCGAGCCCUUUUCCGAGUUGGGCGACGAUGUUCCCUUUGGUUUCCAGUCUCACUCACAUUCGCAUGCGCAAUCCUCAAAUCAAGAGGCAGCCAAGCCCCCUGGCCACGGGCUGAAGACGUGGGAGCUGUCGAAAGGCGAUUUGAACACGCUUCUCGAUCUCAGCAAGAGGCUGGACUUGGAUGGAGAGAUUACGCCAGUCAUGGCCUGGGGCAUGGUCCUGAGCCACCCAAGGCUGCUAGAACUGGCUGGACAUGACUUGCAGAAGUUGAUGGAUGAGCUUCAAGGCAAGGUUCGGUGUUACGGAUUCGGCGCUGUAAUGGAGGAAUUCGAGGUUCGAGACGCAUUGAAUGCCAUAUUCUGUAUAAAACCAGAGGCCACGAUGUGGAUAUCAUUCCCGAACUUUCAGGAAUACACACCCUCCUGCAUCGAUAUCGAUUCUUUAAUCAUGGCGCCGGCUUCUUUGGCCGAUCUCAUCUCGGCCUUGCCGGCUGAGGAUGGAUGGGGACCAGCGAACGUUUCCGAAACCACACUGAAUGGCGUGCCCUACGCCCCGUUCUCCAAAGGCGAUAAGCUCGGUCGCAUGGCAGACUGGACGUCGGACAGCAAGGACGGUAGGGAUGGACGAGGUGGAAGACAGCAGUACAACCGCAACUACCGAGAUCAGCAAAUAUACGGCGCUGGAACCGCUGCCAUUUUCGCUGCCCCUGUAGCCGAGGCCGACGAAGCAUCCUUUUCCGUCGUCAGCAGAGAACAGGUCAAGACUAGAUACGGCCGUGGCGCAGUCUUCACCCGAGGUGGUCGUGGGCAACGCGGCGGUCGAGGCCAGGAUACAAGAGGCGGUAGAGGCACGCUUCAGCGAGGUGGUGGACGAGGUGGUCAACAAAACUACGGCUACGACAGCCGCGGCGGUAGAAACAACGCCCGAGGCGGUCGUCGCUUUGGCUGGAAGGACUACGACAAGCCUUCUCGAAACCGCGAUGCUAGUAUCAACAUCAAGGCCGACUGGAAACUGCUGGAGGAGAUUGACUUUAACAGGCUGCUUAAGCUCAACCUGGACGCUGAUGAAGGAGAGGACAUUGAGAGCUACGGUUUCCUCUACUACUACGACCGCUCGUUCGACAAGCAGCCCGUCAAGGCCGCCGAGCGAAGACUUACUGCCCUGGACCGCGCCACGUACAAUGUCACAACUUCCUCGGACCCCGUCAUCCAAGAGAUGGCAGACAGGGGCGAGGCAACCAUCUUUGCCACCGACAGCAUCCUCUCUAUGCUCAUGUGUGCACCCCGAUCUGUCUACCCCUGGGAUAUUGUCAUUGUUCGCCAGGGCAACAAGAUCUUCCUGGACAAGCGUGAGAACGCCGCGCUUGAUAUGGUGACUGUUAACGAAAACGCUGCCGACGCCCCUCUCGAGACAUCGGAAGGCAACAAGGACAUGCUCAACCACCCCGGUGCCCUCGCCGAAGAGGCGACCUACAUUAACCACAACUUUGCCAACCAAGUCGUGGUGGAAAACCAAAAGGUCGAUAUGGCCAACGAAAACCCCUUUUACAACGCCGCCGAGGAAUCGGAGCCCCCUGCGAGCAAGGCAUACAAGUACCGGAAGUUUGACCUCUCUACUAGUGACGAGGAGCCGAUAUAUCUGGUGGUCCGAACUGAGCUCGACGCUGUGCAGAAGAAUGUAAUUAGCGGUGAAGACCAGUAUAUGACUGUCAAGGCGCUCAAUGAGUUCGACAACAAGGCCCAAGGAAGUGGUGGCGCCUUGGACUGGAGGACCAAGCUCGUCAGUCAACGUGGUGCCGUCGUGGCCACCGAGAUGAAGAACAACAGCGUCAAGCUUGCCCGAUGGACCGUGCAGAGCAUCCUGUCCAAGGCCGACGUCAUGAAGGUUGGUUUCGUUUCUCGAGCUACCCCCAAGACCAAUGACAAGCACGUCAUCCUGGGUGUUGUCGGCUGGAAGCCGCGCGACUUCGCAAACCAAAUGAACCUGUCUCUCUCCAACGGUUGGGGUAUCGUCCGCACGAUUGCCGACAUGUGUCUUAAGCGUGAGGAGGGCAAGUUCAUCCUCGUCAAGGACCCGAACAAGUCCAUCCUGCGGCUGUAUGAGGUCCCCGCCGGCAGCUUCGAUGACGAUGGAGAGGAAGAAACUAUGGCCGAGCCAGAGCUGGCCGAGGAUUAA